AUGGAACGUAAACUCAAAUUCCUCACCGAUGCAGUUCAGCUCAUCCAAACUGCCGACAUAAUUUCGAAAACCGUUCAGACUGUCGUAUCUGAGUGGGCCAAGGAAGCAGAGGCUUCUAACAGCCUUUCUGAAUCCUCUGAUAGCUCGACAGUGACGCAAGCUCUUCCUAGCUAUGAGCUCUUCAACGCACAACGAACCAUUGCGGCUGCCCUGGGAAAAUUAGCAGAGCUCGUACCAGAGCCUAGUGUACGGAUCCUCGAGGUUGCGACCCAAUUUCAAGAAUCCCGUGCGCUGUAUAUUGCUGCCGAGCGGCGGAUUCCCGAUAUCCUGGCCCCUCAUGACCAGCAAGGACUGUCCGUCACAGAGAUCAGUGAAAAGGUUAAGAUUGAGCAUCGCAAGCUUUCUCGUAUCUUACGAUACCUAUGUUCGAUCGGAAUCUUCCGUCAAACCGGCGUGGAAAAGUUCGCGAACAAUACCAUCUCUGUGGCAUUGAUCUCGAACGAGCCACUGAGAGCUUACGUCCAACUGGUCAACAGUGAAGGCUUUACGGCAUCGGAUCGCCUGCCUAAAACUCUGCUGGACCCCAAAACCGGUCCCUCCUAUGAUGUGGCUAAGACCGCAUGGCAGGAUGCCAUCGGGACAACCAAGACAAGGUGGGAAUGGGUGGAAGAAAGGGUCCCACAAGAUAAGCUUAUUGAGACCGGUGGUCACUAUCCCGGUAUUCCAAGUCUUAUCCUGGAGCCACAGACGCCAGGAGAGGACGGCCUGGUUUCAAGGCCCGAGCUGGAGAUCAUGGGUCUGUCCAUGGUCGGUGGCGGGCGAGUGUUCGGUGCUGCCCAUGUUUACGACUUCCCAUGGGCCUCACUAGGCAAGGCUCUGCUCGUUGACGUCGGUGGUGGUGUUGGUGGAUUUCCGCUCCAGCUAAGCAAAGUCUACCCCGAUCUUCGUUUUGUGGUCCAAGAUCGGGGUCCAGUGGUUAAGCAGGGCCUGGAACGUGUCUGGCCAAAGGAGAAUCCCUCAGCUUUGGAAGCUGGACGGGUCCAAUUCUUGGAGCACAGCUUCUUCAACAAGAAUCCCGUCGAGGGAGCCGACGUUUACUACCUCCGAUAUGUCCUCCACGAUUGGUCUGACGAGUACUGCGUUAAUAUCUUGUCCCGCAUCCGCGAAAGCAUGGCCCCACAUUCCCGCUUGUUGAUCUGUGAACAAGUGAUGAACACUACCACGGGCGAUCCGGACUUGACCUCUGCACCAGCUCCUCUCCCGGCAAAUUACGGUUACCACGCGCGUUUCAGCCAUAGCCGGGACUUGACAAUGAUGGCAUGUAUCAAUGGCAUUGAGAGAACUCUAGAGGAAUUCAAAACACUUCUCAAGAGUGCUGGAUUGACGUUAAAGCGUAUUUGGGAGUGCAGAAGUCAAGUUUCGCUGUUAGAGGCUGUCUUGCCAGAAGCUAUGAGCCAGGAUUCUUGA